AUGUUCAAACCUACACCAUGCAUGCAAAAGACGUUGCGGCGCCUGCCACUCUCGACGAAACAGGCCGGAAGAGAAUACUACAAAGGCAACCGCACAGGGACCCUGGGCACGAUUGAUAAAUACGGACGUUUCCACCCGGACUACAGCAAGAUACGGACGUUUGUGUACCCUUCGAAGGGGACGAAGGGAUUUGAGUUGACACCAUUCGUAAGCAGCCGCACACCGAAGAAUGUACAAAUGGGCGAGAAAAAGUGGGAGACCGUGCCGGAGGCGAUGACGGGCGAGGCGUAUCUGACGAGGUGGAAGGCAGAGGGUGGGCACGAUGUCGUAGAUGCGCCGUAUUACGACCCUUCACAGGAGCAGAAGAUGCCAGAGGUAUGGGAGGAGCCGCCGAAGAAGAGCGAGAAGAAAUUUUGGCAGAAGUGA